AUGAUCUCCUCCAGGGCUUCCGUCGCCGCACGGGCAUGUGCUCGCACCUCGGGUGUGCUGCGACAGCAAACACGAUCGCUCGCUACCGUUUCCUCUUCGCUCUUCCCCGGCGAACCAUCGUCGCCGCACCUCGUCACACCAUCGAUCCCGGGACCCAAGUCCAAGGAGCUUAGCGACCGCAUCGGAACCUUCCAAGAGAACCGCGCCCAUGGCUUCGUUGUGGACUAUGCCAAGUCGCAGGGCAACUGGAUCGCCGACGCCGACGGCAAUGUCCUGCUCGACAUGUUUGCCCAGAUCGCUUCGAUCGCCAUCGGCUACAAUAACCCGGACCUCAUCGCACUUGCCAAGACCGACGAGUUCAUCACCGCCACCAUGAACCGCGCUGCGCUCGGGUCGUUCCCUCCCACAAACUGGCAGGAGCUCGUCGAGACCGGUCUGGGUACGGUCAAGCCCAAGGGACUGGACAACAUCUUCACCGCCAUGUGCGGAAGCUGCGCCAACGAGAAUGCGUUCAAGGCUUCCUUCAUGGCAUACCGAGCUCGUGAGAGGGGAGAGCAAGCUCAGUUCACACCGGAGGAGAUGCAGAGCUGCAUGCAGAACCAAUCGCCUGGCUCGCCCGACCUUUCAAUCCUCAGCUUCACCAGCGCUUUCCACGGCCGACUAUUCGGUUCGCUGUCGGCUACUCGAUCCAAGGCCAUUCACAAGCUCGACAUUCCUUCGUUCAACUGGCCCGUCGUAGCAUGGCCGGAUGUCAAGUACCCUUUGUCCCAGAACGCUCGCGAAAACGCCGAGGCGGAAAAGGUCUCUCUGGCCGCCGUUGAGGAGGCGAUUGUCAACUCGAAGAAGGCCGGCUCGCCCAACGGUCCAGUCGCCGCACUCAUUGUGGAGCCGAUCCAGUCGGAAGGAGGUGACAACCACGCCUCGCCCGCCUUCUUCCAGGGCCUGCGCGACGUGACCAAGAAGCACGGCGUGUUCAUGAUCGUCGACGAGGUUCAGACCGGUGUCGGAGCUACUGGUGCCUUCUGGGCGCACGACAAGUGGAACUUGACCAGCCCGCCCGACUUUGUCACUUUUUCGAAGAAGAUGCAGGCGGCAGGCUUCUACCACGACAUCGACACUCGACCCUCGAUGCCGUACCGCAACUACAACACCUGGAUGGGUGACCCGACGCGCACGCUACAGGCUCGUCAGAUCAUCCGCAGCAUCCAGGACCACGGUCUGGUCGAGAAGACCGAUCAAGUGGGCAACUACAUCUACGAAAAGCUGACCGACGUGAUCGAAAACGGGGCUGGUCGCGGCAAGGUCGAGAAGCUCAGGGGCGAGAAUGCCGGCACGUUCCUGGCGUUUGACGGCAAGACGCCCGAGAUUAGGGACAAGCUGAUCAUGGAGAUGAGGAAGCUGGGUGUACACAUGGGUGGAUGUGGUGACAAGGCGGUCAGGUUGAGACCGAUGCUUGUGUUUGAGCAGAAGCAUGCCGAUCUGUUCCUCGAAAAGCUCGACAAGGCGUUGGCACAGCUUUGA